GGUCUUGUGAUUGUGAUCACGGUGGGCGUAUUUUUGCAUCAUGUGAGAACAAUAUGAAUAACUUGGUAGGGCGCGACAUCUAGCCUACGUAAGACGCGAGUAAGCACGUGAGUUAACUUUGACCACGUCCGCCAUGGACAUCUACUACAUCAGACAACAAUUCACCCUCGGCGCAUACCCCGCCAUCUUAUCACUCCCACUCCCCGAUGACUCUUCACCCGACUAUAUCCCUACCCUUCUCUACAAAGCCCGUGCGCACCUGGCCCUGGGUGACAACACAUCAGCACUCGCCCUCCUUCCUACCGACACGGAGAAUAUCGCACUCCGAGCGGCCGCCGCACUCGCAAGGGGCGAACAAGGCCUAGAAACACUCCGCGACUUAUGCGUAGAGAUAGAAGGCGAUGAUGACUCUGAAGAAUGGGAGAAAGAAAUCGUUCAAGUAUUAGCUGCAACCGCAUUCGUACGUGCAGGCGAAAUAGAGGAAGCCCUCGAAACACUCCGUAGUGAAGACAAAAUCGGUGAUGAACCAGCUGCGCUGUUGUCUCAAGUAUACCUCUCACUCGCUCGUCCAGCACUCGCCCAAAAGGUACUAGCACCAGUUUUGAAAGCAAACCCAGACGCACUCGUCCUCCAACUCGCGGAAUCAGCCAUCUCCCUCGUAACAGGCUCGCAAGGCACAAGCGGCGAACCAUACGCACCCGCACUCUCAUUCUACAACGAACAAGUAGCAAAUCCCUCCAUCUCCUCCGCCGCUCUCCUAGUUGGCAGAGCAGUAGUCCGCAUCCUCCGCGGCGAACUCUCUCCUGCCCAGAGCGAUCUAGAAGAGGCAGAAUCGAUCCUCUCCCGCGCUAAAUGCGAACAAGGCUCGAGCGAUAUGCUUGCUGCUAUGGUCGUUGCUGCUGGCCUGAGUGCCAAAAAGGGCGAGGCUGAUCAAUUAUGGAGUCGCUUGUUAAAGCAAUACCCUCCCAUCCCUUGGUCGCAGAUAUCGGUGCUAAAGAACUCUUGUUCGAUGAAUGCGCUUCCAAGUUUGAGGUUCCUCCUAGAGCUGUCGCUGUCGCUUAGAAUGAAUCGGGUUGUGUAUAAUCCAUGUAAUGACAAUAACAGCGGUGGAACAGGAAUACAUCGAGGAUGAUCGAUCGCAGACCCUUUCAUAGAGCAGCAUUAACGAGCUCUGGAUCAACAUUCAUGAUCAUGAGUCAUUCGGACGUAACAUGUCAUUCA